AAGGUGAGGUGAGGGUGUGGCUUGUCCGUGCAGGAGUUUCCGGAUUAGCGUAUUGAGGUAAACAAAGCGCCUCAAUCAGAUGGUGGUUAGAGACUGAGGUGACGGUGUCUCAGGGACUGAGACUGAGGUGACGGUGUCUCAGGGACAGAGACAGACAGGUGGAGGUGGAGGAGACAGUCAGACAGGUGGAGGUGAAGACAGACAGGUGGAGGAGGAGACAGACAGGUGGACGGUCAGACAGGUGGACAGUCGAACAGGUGGAGGAGGAGGAGACAUCAUGGAGUCAGUGGUGACAUCAGUGCUUCUCCUCCUGUGCGUCUCCGCCACAGCAGCGGUUUCAGGUGUCGCCUCCAUCGACGCGGUCCUCACCGGCGCAGCGGGCUCGAACAUCACCGUGCCUGCGUGUCACCCCGGCAGUAACAUCACCAUGACGACUGUUACGUGGUCGAGGGUGAAUGCGGAUGGCGGGACCUCCGGGAUCUCUGCUCCCGGCGAGUCCCGCAUCACGGAGCUGCACGGCCACGAGCUGGAGAUCCAGGGGCUGACACCCGCAGACGAGGGCAUCUACCAGUGCGCCUACUCGACACACCCUUCACCUCAGCCGAGCAACAGCGUCUACACACGUUACCGGCUGAUAGUCACCAGUGGUCCAGAGAAUGUCUCGAUGUCCAUCGAGCCGGUCACCGCUCUGUCCAACGGGACGCUCAUCGUCUAUCGGGGCUCCAGCGUCUCCUUUAACUGCUCUGGCUCCUCCCAACCGUCUCAGCACCUGACCUUGGCCUUCGCAGGAGCCUCGUCCAGCGACCACUCGCUGGCCUCGGACUCUGGAUCGUGGCUGAGCUACAGGAUAGAAAACAUUCAACCCAGCAAUCAGGGGCUUUACAGCUGCAGGGCCCACAACAACGUGUCUGAUCAGACAGUUACCAAGAGCACACAGCUGCUGGUUUACUAUGCCCCGGACAGACACCCUGAGUGUAUGUGGACACCAGUGGCGGACCCGUCCCACGCCCUUUUCAACUGCACCUGGUUUGGAGCGUAUCCCGCCCCGACGCUGCGCUGGGGAGAAGACCAGGGCGACCAGGGCGCUCACUGGAUGGGACACGUCUAUGUGACGGAAACGGCGGAGAGUCUGUCGCUGAGUAUGAACCGCUCCCUGCUGUCUGAGGGGCAGACUCUGAGGUGCAUGGCCAAGCACCUGGCGCUUGCUCCAGGGAAGGAGAAGUGGUGUUCACUCACCCUCAAGCCUCCGUACCCUCAAGGCGAGCCGCUGAUCACGGCCCUGGAGAAGACCAGUGUAACUCUAACCUGCACUGAGGACGUCUCCAUCCCCCCGGCAAACACCACGUGGAGGAAGGGGCUCCAGCAGGACAACAUCGUCCCCGGAUCAAAGUACGUCCUGACCGAGGAAGGCCCCGUCCUCAAGCUGACCAUACACAACGUCACCAAAGACGACGAGGGCGUCUUCUUCUGCCGCAGCGAGAACCCGCUGAAUGUCAGCGAGCUGGAGGUCUUCCUCACCGUGAAGACCCCCUCCGCAUUCACAGGAGCCGUCAUCGGCGUCUUCAUCGCCGCACUGGUCCUGGGAUUGUCCGCCAUCGUGGCUAAAAUGCUGUACUCCAGCCGACACCGGAUUUGCUUGGGAGUUGGUCUUGGGCAAAUAGAGGACGACCAAAGGGAAGUGCUGAGUCUGGUCGACUCAGACGACGACGACAUCCAGAUCUUUCAGGACGCCGUUCCCCGGCUGCCUCCAUUAACCAACGGUGGCCACAUGACGCUCGCCCAGAUUCACCAGAUCCCAUCGAGCGAUCACGAAGAUGCCGAACUCGGUGACACGAGCUCUCAGCCGCAGGAAGAUACCGCACAGGCGGAGCAGCCGGUGGAUCGUGUGACUUAUAGAUUUUAAGUGUUUUUAGAUUAAUAUUUCAUUUUUAGAGGAAUUCAGUGAACUGAGAAUGUGAACAACUCUGGUGGAAGACAUUUGUAAAAAAAAACAAAACUUUUCUUUUAAUUUGUUGUUUUGUAAAUUUUGUAACGUGCCCAUUCCCCAUCAGCCAAUCGGAGCCCAGGGCUCCAGAGUAAAGGGAGCGAGCCCCCAUUUGUGAAACCUUAUGUUUGACCACACACACUUUCAUCACUUACACCCCUUGAUGAUUAUUUCGACAGUGUUUGUCUCCGCUUGUGAAAGAAACAGUAACAACAGGGUUUUGAAUUUUUGUACGCUCAUUUCUGCGGUUGUGUUUUUGUACAGCAUGUUGAACAUAACGCUCUGAUACUGAGAUCAAUGUAGUAAAUUAAGUUGUUUAUUCAAAAAA